GGACGGGAGGGGGUAAUCACGAACACGAUCAAGAGGAAAACAUAAACAAAGGGAUUCGUAAAAGCAAGCAUUAUCUUUACAUGUCUUUCCAUGUAACACUGUCUUUGCAAUUUGCCAAUUAUCAAAUUUGCAUACUCGACAUACAUUUCCUGGAAGGAACAUCAUUUAACGUGCGCGCCAAGAUGUUUCGUUGGUUUGUCGUUGGCUGUUUAAAAAUAGUUUUUUUCGCCUAACCUAUGAAAUUGAGCCACGAGAGGUUUUCAGAAACUUAUUUUCAGCGUCUAGAGCGUGUUACGCCAAUUGCUCAGUUUGCCGAAGGCACUCGUCGCGACACGUCUCUCUCGUCCUAUCCGCUGACAUGUUUGGGUUUCUCGAUUUUCCCAAGAUGAAAAUUGUCCUGUACGGGUUGACAUUUCUUGGGUAUGCAUACAGCGGGUAUGGCGCGGAUGUGAUUUCCCACCUUCGGGAUGCCGUUUUGACGGCAGAGACUGUUUUUGGUGAUUUUGUGGAUAACUUCAUGCAUGUGGCCAAAAAGUUUAGGGGAUUGACAGAUGUUUUAAAUGCAGCAGUGGAUGAAAACUGUCAUUUUAUAUGUCCCAAUGGAAUGAAACCUUUGCCGAACAGAUACCACAAGCCAUCUAGCAAUGGGUGUGGACCUGUUGGAAUGGAGAUUCCCAAAGACGCCCUUCCUGUGUCGGAAAUGACAGAGUGCUGCAACCAGCAUGAUAUAUGCUAUGAUACUUGCAAUAAUGAUAAGGAAAAAUGCGACUUUGACUUAAGAAGGUGUUUGUACAAAAUAUGUGAUAAUCAUGCACAAACUGUUGGAUCAGCUCUCACAACAGUUUGCAAAAGUGUCUCUAAGACACUUUUCUCAGGAACUAUAACAUUAGGAUGUAAAUCAUACUUAGACGCCCAAAAAGAAGCCUGCUUCUGUCCCGGAAAUGGAAAGAGAUACAAUUCACCUAAGCAAGACCUUUAAGCAGGGCAGGAAAAAUUUGGGCAGCAGCUAAUUUUGAUAAAUUGUAAAGGGGGAUACCUUAAUUUAUGUAAUAAGAUAAGAUCCAAAUAAAAAAAAUUGUAUUGAAA